AUGAAGGAACGACCCUGUACUCGGUGUAUAAAACGUAACAUCGGUCACUUGUGCCAUGACGAACCAAGAGAGGCUGCGAAGCGGGUCCGUGGCGAAAACGAGCAUUCAACUGCAGACGAAGAAGGAUCGUCGAACAAUGAACUGGGCAACGUCCAAGGCAUGCCCAAGAGUGUUGAUGUUGAUGCCAGUGGCCAGCAACAAUUUUCUGAAAACACCAUUGGGAUCGCACCCUCCGCUGUGAACUCGGGCUCUGUUCCUCCGGCAAAUUUGAGCGCAUCUGGUCAAGGUCUCGAGGGCAACAACGUCCUACAAUUUAACGAUUGGAUAGGUGGCCAGAAUCAAUUCCAAGACAUGCAUUCUCUCCAUCCGUCAUACAUGUUCAACGCGCAUGAGGUCACCAACGAGUACAAUCUACUUGGGGAUUUUCUCAGCAAUAGUUUGUUGGAUGAUGGAGCUAUUUACCCAAACCAGGAAAUGCCAGGUGUAUACUCCGAUCCGUCAUUGAUGGGCUCAAUGAACGGCAUGGGAAUGCCGAAUGGUUUGCCACCACCAGCAACGCUUCCACCCCCGGCUCAGGCGCCGCCGGGGGACUCCAUGCAACAGCCCUCAAUAGUAGGCAAUGACAAGGCCCGGGAAACCUAUUACAUGACUGCCGCCGAUCCAGCAGGAACCGAUCCACCCGAAGAGCGGAUGAACAAGCUUCUCAGGGCGAAAUACGAUGCCGGUUUACUGAAACCAUUCAACUACGUCAAGGGAUACGCAAGAUUGAAUCAGUAUAUGGAGAAAAACAUGCAGCAAAUAUCUCGGCAAAAGAUUUUACGGCAACUUGACAAAUUCCGACCCAAAUUCCGAGAACGUAUGCAAAGCCUCACUGAUAUCGAGCUCAUUUUGGUGGAAAUGUGGUUUGAGCGGAGUCUGAUGGAAUACGACCGUGUCUUCGCUAGUAUGGCCAUCCCAGCCUGCUGCUGGCGCCGUACUGGCGAGAUAUUCCGGGGAAAUAAUGAGAUGGCGCAGCUCAUUGACGUCCCAGUAGAGGGUCUGCGGGAUGGCAAGCUCGCGAUCCAUGAGAUUAUCGUCGAGGACCAGCUUGUGAGCUAUUGGGAGAAAUUUGGCGCUAUUGCUUUCGACAAUACCCAAAAAGCAAUGCUCACAAGCUGUACUCUGAAGAGCCCCAAUCCCAAUUCGACCAGUGAUGGAAUUACCUGUUGCUUUUCAUUCACCAUCAGGCGGGAUACUCACAAUAUUCCAUCACUCAUUGUCGGCAACUUCCUUCCCAUUGAUAAAUAG